GUGUAGGUGGGGCGUGCAUCUGUGCACAACCAAGGGCUUGGCCCUCCGGAGAACGCCCAGGGGCAGUGGCCUCCGAGGUUCUGGCGGCCGGCAGUGGCGACCGGCGCAGGGAAUCGCGCAGGGUUGCGGCUGAGGUCAGACCAGCGACAGACAGAGAUCCGCAGACAUUUAGUCCAGAGACUGUAGCAAAGGAGGGGGACGAGGGGCCAGAGCCGGAAUUUCGGGGGAGGACUUGGGAGCGCGGCGACCAGAGUCGCUUGCUGGCACUUGCGGGGGCGAAUGCAGGGGCUUGGCCGAGAUGACCUUGGACCAGAGCUCCCUUCCGGCCUGCAGAGAUGAGCUUGGGGCUUAGCCGCGUAAGGAGUGAGCGGCUUUUCAGCCUCAGUGCUGCGGUAGAGGCGGAUGGAGGAUGAACUGGAGCCGUCCUUACGGCCUCGGACGCAGAUUCAGGGCAGGAUCCUGCUCCUGACCAUCUGCGCUGCCGGCAUUGGUGGGACUUUUCAGUUUGGCUAUAACCUCUCUAUCAUCAAUGCCCCGACCUCGCACAUUCAGGAAUUCACCAAUGAGACGUGGCAGGCGCGUACUGGAGAGCCACUGCCCGAUCACCUAGUCCUACUUAUGUGGUCCCUCAUCGUGUCUCUGUAUCCCCUGGGAGGCCUCUUUGGAGCACUGCUUGCAGGUCCCUUGGCCAUCACACUGGGAAGGAAGAAGUCCCUCCUGGUGAAUAACAUCUUUGUGGUGUCAGCAGCGAUCCUGUUUGGAUUCAGCCGCAAAGCAGGCUCCUUUGAGAUGAUCAUGCUGGGAAGACUGCUCGUGGGAGUCAAUGCAGGCGUGAGCAUGAACAUCCAGCCCAUGUACCUGGGGGAGAGCGCCCCUAAGGAGCUCCGAGGAGCUGUGGCCAUGAGCUCAGCCAUCUUUACGGCUCUGGGGAUCGUGAUGGGACAGGUGGUUGGACUCAGGGAGCUCCUAGGUGGCCCUCAGGCCUGGCCCCUGCUGCUGGCCAGCUGCCUGGUGCCCGGGGCGCUCCAGCUCGCCUCCCUGCCUCUGCUCCCUGAAAGCCCGCGCUACCUCCUCAUUGACUGUGGUGACACCGAGGCCUGCCUGGCAGCACUACGGCGGCUACGGGGCUCCGGGGACUUGGCAGGGGAGCUGGAGGAGCUGGAGGAGGAGCGCGCUGCCUGCCAGGGCUGCCGUGCCCGGCGCCCAUGGGAGCUGUUCCAGCAUCGGGCCCUGAGGAGACAGGUGACAAGCCUCGUGGUGCUGGGCAGUGCCAUGGAGCUCUGCGGGAAUGACUCGGUGUACGCCUACGCCUCCUCCGUGUUCCGGAAGGCAGGAGUGCCAGAAGCGAAGAUCCAGUAUGCGAUCAUCGGGACUGGGAGCUGCGAGCUGCUCACGGCGGUUGUUAGUUGUGUGGUAAUCGAGAGGGUGGGUCGGCGCAUGCUGCUCAUCGGUGGGUACAGCCUGAUGACCUGCUGGGGGAGCAUCUUCACUGUGGCCCUGUGCCUGCAGGUAGCUGGGGUGGAUGAGGGCUGGGGGGUCCAGGCCGGGCUGACUUCCACCUCACCCCCGCCCCGUCCACGGCAGAGCUCCUUCCCCUGGACACUCUACCUGGCCAUGGCCUGCAUCUUUGCCUUCAUCCUCAGCUUUGGCAUUGGCCCUGCUGGAGUGACGGGGAUCCUGGCCACAGAGCUGUUUGACCAGAUGGCCAGGCCUGCUGCCUGCAUGGUCUGCGGGGCGCUCAUGUGGAUCAUGCUCUUCCUGGUCGGCCUGGGAUUUCCCUUCAUCAUGGAGGCCUUGUCCUACUUCCUCUAUGUCCCUUUCCUUGGUGUCUGUGUCUGUGGGGCCAUCUACACUGGCCUGUUCCUUCCUGAGACCAAAGGCAAGACCUUCCAAGAGAUCUCCGAGGAAUUACACAGACUCAACUUCCCCAGGCGGGCCCAGGGCCCCACGUGGAGGAGCCUGGAGGUUAUCCAGUCGACAGAACUCUAGUCCCAAAGGGGUGGCCAGAGCCAAAGCCAGCUACUGUCCUGUCGUCUGCUUCCUGCCAGGGCCCUGGUCCUUACUCCCUCCUGCAUUCCUCAUUUAAGGAGUGUUUAUUGAGCACCCUUUGUGUGCAGACAUGGCUCCAGGUGCUUAGCAAUCAAUGGUGAGCGUGGUGUUCCAGGCUAAAGGUAAUUAACUGACAGAAAAUCAGUAACAACAUAAUUACAGGCUGGUUGUGGCAGCUCAUGACUGUAAUCCCAGCACUUUGGGAGGCCAAGAUGGGAGGAUCAAUUGAGGCCAGAGUUUGAAACCAGCCUAGGUAACAUAGUAAGACCCCCUAUCUCUACAAAAAAUUUUAAAAAUUAGCUGGGUGUGGUGGUAUGUGCUAACAGCUCUAGCUACUCAGGAGGCUGAGGCAGCAGGAUCACUUGAGUCCAAGAGUUCAAGGUAGCAGUAAGCUACGAUCACACCACUGCAUGCCAGACUGGGUGACAGAGGGAGACUUCAUCUCUUUAAAACAUAAUAAUAAUAAUUACAGACUCAGGAAAUGCAGUGAAAGAAAAAUACAGGUUGGCCAGGUGAGGUGGCUGAUGCCUGUAAUCCCAGCACUUUGGGAGGCCAAGAUGGGAAGAUUGCUUUGAGUACAGAAGUUUGAGACCAGCCUGGGCCACAUAGUAAGAUCCUGUUUCUACCAAAAAAAAAAAAAAAAUUAGCUGGGUGUGGUGGUACAUGCCUGUGGUCCCAGCUACUCAGGAGGCUGAAAUGGGAGGAUCACUUGAGCCCAGGAGGUCGAGGCUGCAGUGAGUCCUAAUUGAGCCACUGCACUCCAGCCUGGACAACAGAAAGAGACCAUGUUUCAGAAAAAAUAAAUACAGGUUGUAGUGGGGAUGGGUAUGCAUACCAGGAGGCCCGACCUCGUCUGAGAGGGGAGUGGUCAGAAAAGAAUUUUCUGAGGAAUUGAUGUUUUUAAUCAACUUUACUGAGGUAUAAUUUAUACAUAACCAACUGCAUCCAUUUUUAAGUAUAUAUUUGGCGAGUUUUGAGUUCUAAGUAUAGUUUUGGCGAGUGUAUACACUUGGGAAACACCACUGCAAUCAAGAUGGAACCUUUACCCUACCCCAAGGCACCCACAUGCCCGUUUGCUAUCAGUAACCUACCCCAGCCCCAGACCCAGGGAACCACUGACCUGCCUUCUGCCUCAAUUAGUCAGAUUUGCCUUUUUUCAGAAUCUGAAGUCAUUCCGUACUGUAUGUACACAUUUAUGUCUGGCUUGGCUCCAGAUAAAGUUUUUGGGAUUCAUGCAUGUUGUUGCACGUAUUAGGAGAGACUCCUUUGUAUUGCUGAGUAGUAUUCCCCUCUGUGGUUAGACCAUGAUUUAUUUAUCCAUCUACCUGUUGGUGAAUAUUUUGGCUGUUUCUAAUUCUUGGCCAUCAUGAAUAAAACUGCUGUGAAUGUUCCUACAAUAA